AUGUCAAGUUCAAAUGUAAACAUCACACAAUUAAUCCAAGUUAAUCCAAUUCGUCCUUCUCGACACACUAAAAUACUUGAAUUGAUUAUCACCAAGAACAUGAUCUCCAUUAAUUGUGCCAAAGGCGCGUUAUCCACGUCUAUGCGGGCUUUUGUCUUUGCUUCGGUUCGUACAAUGGGUACCAGUGCUGUUUUGGCAUACCCCUUAACUAAGACGGCAAGUAGUACUAAGACUACCACUGCUGCUGUUACUUCAUUGAAGGGACAACUUAAGAAGGAGAAGGAGAAGUUGACUAAGUUGAAUUCUAAGUUGAAGGCCAAGGAAUCCGCAUUGAAGACAAAGCAAAAGGAAAGAGCUGCAGAUGCUAAAGCAAAGGCAGCUGCUAAGGCAAAACAAGUACAAACAAAACAAAUAAAAGCACAAGUUGUUCGUAAAGCCACCAAAACUAUCAGGGGUAUUAGUCCUUUGAAUGCGUUUAUUAAGGAAAUCACUGGAGGUACAUUGACUGAUAAAAUUAGUAACUGGAAGACAUUGGCUAACGAUGAAAGAACUAUUUGGAAGGAGAAGGCUGAUGAAAUCAACGCUAAAACAGAACAAGUUUUCAAACCAAAGCCCAAAUCUAUUGCUUCAGGUUACCAAAAUUUUCUUGCUGAAGAACAUUCUAAGGAUAGAUAUAGAGAUUUGGCAUUUGGGGACAAAAGUAAGCAAAUUGCAGAAAGUUGGAGACAACUUUCUGAAGAAGCUAAGAAGCAAUACAACACACCUGCUGAUGUACAAAAGAAGGCAAAGGAAGCAUAUGAUGCUUGGGUUCAAUCAAGAGUCGAUGCUUAUUUAAAACACAAGGCAACCAAGAAGGAAAUUGCUGCUUUUGAGUCCAAGUAA